AUGGCAGAAUGGACGAAACGCCUUUGGAAGGUGAAGGGCUCUGCGGAAGAAUCUGGCCCAAGUUUUCUAGAGACCAACAUUGGUACCUCGCGGAUUGACGCCCUCUCGCGCGCGCAGCAGCAGCAGCGGUCCAGCUUCAAUCUCUCGAACGACGACGACAAUGUGCCCGAUCCCACCGCCAUCUCCGCUGCAAAGCAGCGGUCGCUAGGUGCCAAGAAGAAGCAGAUCGAGGCACUGGACUCCCAGACGGUUGAACGAGUCCUGACAUGGCUUCAUUGUCGAUACUACCAAGAUCCGGACCCAGUACCACAAGCGGUUGGAAACCCGGAUGAGACAGGCAGCGGAACCCAUACUGAAGCAGAAGAAGAAGAAGAAGAAGAAGAAGAAGAAGAAGAAGAAGAAGAAGAAGAAGAAGAAGAAGAAGAAGAAGAAGAAACAGAGGACAAUCAACCCGUGGGACAGAGGAAUGAAGGUGUCGACGAAACACCGGUCGCAGCAGGCGAGUUUGACGAUGCACCCGCGCCCAUUGAUCUAGUAGUUGAGCCAGAGGAUCGGGUGGUUCUAUACACAGCGCGAUUCUCCUACUUGGAGCCAUGACUCGCCCAUCUGUUUGCAAAGUACGCAUCCCUCCUGCAUGGAAAAGCCAGUGGUUUUAUGGUGGAGUGGCUGCUGUCAAUUUCGACAGUGCCAUAUCGGAUGGUAUCAGCAGGGCGAGGAAGAGAAGAGCCUGGAACGCAAGUACGACGAAGAAAGAUCAAGCCAGAAAGAUCAAGCCAGGUCUAUCGGCUUCCAAGGUCCACAGGUCAUCAACUCCGGGGCCCAGUCCCCGGCAUGCCUUCAAUCCCGGACUCGACGGGAAGAUCGGCGGCUUCGAGUAGUGAGCCAGGUGCCCACGGAGCCUACGAGACUGGCAUCAUGGUCAUCUGGGAAUGAUGGAAAGUCAUGCCGUGGAACUGGGCAUCGUCAUGCAAGUCGUACGUCAGUCGAGGAUUGGCAUAGGCGAGGCUGGGCUGCUGCGGCUGCGGUUAUUGAUGGCGCUGA